AUGACAGAGAAGGAAGUGCCAGAGCCACCAGCUACACCUGCUUCAGCUGGGAAACCCAAGAGCCGGAUACAGAAGCUGAAGCAACUUUUCCAGCGAAAGCCCAAGGAGGAGACUAUGCCAGAGCCACAGCCCAAUGGGGAACUGGUCAGCCCUUCAGGGGGACCCAUCUACUACAUCUAUGAGGAGGAGGAAGAGGAUGAAGAGGAGGAGGAGCCUGAGCCCCCUCCUGAGCCGCAGAAACUUGUAAAUGACAAACCCCACAAGUUCAAAGAUCAUUACUUCAAAAAGCCCAAGUUCUGCGAUGUUUGUGCCCGCAUGAUUGUCCUCAACAACAAAUUUGGCCUGAGAUGCAAGAACUGCAAAACCAACAUCCACCACCACUGCCAGUCCUAUGUGGAGAUGCAGCGCUGCUUCGGCAAAAUUCCCCCAGGGUUUCGCCGGGCGUACAGCUCACCCCUCUAUAGUGACCAGCAAAACACCUGCGUCAAGGAGCCACUUGCAGCCAACGGGAGCGACCCAGUGUUUGAGACCCUUCGGACGGGUGUCAUUAUGGCCAACAAGGAGCGCAAGAAAGGGCAGGAUGACAAGAAAAAUCCUUUGGCUGCUAUGAUGGAUGAGGAAUCAGAAGCCACAAAGCCAGAAGAGGGCAAAACUGAGCGUGGCACCUCUGAAGGGAACAAGAAGACUGAGAAGAGUCCAACAGAUGACAAGAACAAGAAGCCACAGCCAGGAACUCGUGGUGGCUAUCCACAGUCUCACUAUUUUGUGGCACUUUAUCGCUUCAAAGCCCUGGAGAAAGAUGACUUGGAUUUCCCACCAGGGGAGAAGAUCACAGUGGUCGAUGACUCCAAUGAGGAGUGGUGGCGGGGGAAGAUUGGUGAAAAAAUUGGCUACUUCCCUCCAAACUUCAUCAUCCGGGUGCGGGCAGGCGAGCGCGUGCACAAGGUGACACGCUCCUUUGUGGGCAACCGGGAGAUUGGGCAGAUCACACUCAAGAAGGAUCAGAUCGUGGUGCAGAAAGGUGAGGAGGUGAAUGGUUACGUGAAAGUCUACACUGGCCGAAAAGUGGGGCUCUUCCCUGUGGACUUCCUGCAGGAGAUCUGA